AUGCUUGUGCUCACCGGCACUACUGGUCAUCUAGGAUCACGGGUGCUCGACGCUUUGCUAGAUCUCAAAUUGAUUCCUCCAUCUGAACUGAUCAUUUCCUCCAACAGCCCGGACAAAGUCUCUUCGCGAGCGAAGGAUGCUCGGAUCGAGAUCCGAAAGGGUGAUUUCACCUCUUCCGAAUCACUGGUCUCGUCAUUCCAGGGCGCGGACGCCCUCUUUUUGGUCUCGUUCCCAUCACCAGCCGUGGACCGCUGGCUCCACCACAAGCGGGCAAUCGAGGCGGCCAAAUUGUCUGGCGUCAAGACCAUCAUCUACACGAGUCUCAUGUUCGGAGGCGAGACUGGGCUGCAGUCCGUCGCUGGCGUGCAGCAGGCGCACAUCAAGACCAUCGAGUACCUGUCGCAGUGCGGGAUCCCGUAUGUCAUUAUCCGGGAAGGUAUAUACACCGAGAGCUGGUGGCUCUACGCCGGGUACCAGUCUCAGAAGUUCGCCAAGGGGGACCAAAGCAGUCUGCGCUUCGUGAUCCCCAAUGACGGGCCGGUGGCCUGGGUCUCGUGGGAUGACCUGGGUGAGGGCACGGCAAGGAUCCUCGCUGACUACCAACAGUAUAUCGGGCAGACGUUGCGCUUGACGGGACCCCAGGUAGUGACGAUAUCUGGUAUUGCGAGCCUAGUGGAAAAGUAUGCGGGCAGGAAAGUCGACGUGCAGGUGGUGGGGAAGGAGAAGGCGGCCAGAUAUCAUAAAUUCGAGAAGAAGAGUUUACCUGAAGAGAGCUUUUGGGUCAUUGAGAGCUGGGCCGGCUGGCACGACGGACUGGCGCAGGGCGAAGCCUCAGUCGUUGACCCGCUCCUGGAGACGUUGUUGGGCAGAAAGCCUCGGGGCAUUGAAGAUGUAGCGGGGGCACUGUUCACGCCAUCAUAG